CAAGUCUUCUGCAUCUCUCCCAGCGACAAAUAACAGCGGCGCUCUCCCCAGGUUCACAGUCACAAGUCUCACCAACACCCAGACUCCAAGACCCAGACCCAGAACCGGAAUCAGAUCAAGACCAUGAAGCAAAAGGUGGUGAUCAAGGUGGCUAUGAAUGGGCAGAAGUCACGCUCCAAGGCCAUGAAGAUUGCAGUUGUUUCAGGGGUUGAAUCAGUAGCUUUUAAAGGUAAAGAGAUGGAUGAAGUAGAGGUAAUAGGGGACGGAAUUGAUGCUGCUGUUCUCACCUCCUUGCUCCGGAAGAACGUGGGCCAUGCAGAGCUGUUGAGCGUGGGCUCUGCAGAGAAGAAAGAGGAAAAGAAAAAUGAGAUCGUAUAUGCCUGGAAUUCAUAUCCCUAUGAGUCUGUUGUUUCUCAUUACCCAAUCUACCCGGUCUACAACCGCGCAGACUCAUGCUCCAUCAUGUAAAGAGAUUAAUAUCCUGCAACUGCAUAAACCUCACUGCAGGUCUUUAUGCCACUCUGUUGAAUACAGAUGGAGAUAAUUCCCCUUCCCCACUCGAUGAUUUCUUCAAAGGAGGCUCAGCUCACUCCCUUCUUUGCUCUGUAAAAUACUAAAAUCAAAACUGCAAGUUAAAUAUGCAGUGCCUACUCUGUUUUCUGUGAUUUUUUUUUCGCUCCCCCACCUCUUCUCUUGUCACAAAGAUUAGAUUUGUAAGUACAGUCAACUUUCUGUGCAUCUGGGUACUCUAUUCAAUAAGACUUCAGGCUUUAACUUCAA